AUGGUAGACCAACCAACGAAAUCCCUCUUGGAGUACGGUAUUCCUGAUACAACUACCGGAGUCCUUUCAAGCAUCAUAAGACCACCAGUCACGGCUCAACACUUCGAGCUCAAGCCACAGUUCAUACAAUUCAUCUCCAAUGAUUCAUUCGUAGGGCUACCACAUGAUUGCCCCGUAAGUCAUAUAGAUAGCUUUUUGGAAAAAUGUGAUACUAUGAAGUUGAACGGUGUUACAGAUGAUGUAAUCAGACUACGCCUUUUCCCCUUCUCACUUCGAGACAGGGCAAAGGAGUGGUUAAGAGAUGAAGGCACUGGCUCGUUCGAUACAUGGGACAAGUUAGUGAAAGCCUUCCUAGUGAAGUUUUUAGGGAAUGAGAAGACUGCAAGAUUGAGGAAUGAGCUACAAACUUUUAGGCAGUCAAAUGAUGAGUCUCUCUAUGAGGCUUGGAGGAGAUUUAAAAGAUUGCAGAGACAAUGCCCUCACCAUGGCAUUCCAGAUUGGAUUUUGAUGCAGACCUUUUACAAUGGCAUGACUCAUGAGUUCCGUAUUUACAUUGAUGUUGCGUCAGGAGGUUCUCUCUUGACAAAGAACCCCACUGAAGCUAGGGAGCUCAUAGAGAAGAUGGCGGCUAAUGAUAACUAUCAUCCUGGAGGCCGAAACACUGUGAAAAAGGGAGGUAAACUUGAUGUUGAUGCUUUAACUAUGCUAACUAGUUCUGUGCAGGCACUAACAAGCAGGUUUGAUAAGUUCCAAGCAGGAACUUCUAACACCCCACAGGAGUUGUGUCAGUUAUAUCAUGUGCAGGGUCAUGUUGCUCCAGAUUGCCCACAGAUUUCGCAGAAUGCGGAAGAAAUGCCAAUCGAGCAAGCCAAUGCUUUCUACUCCUCUAACCCAAAGAGGCCUUAUGGCCCUUAUUCCAACACCUACAAUGAAGGAUGGAAACACCACCCCAACUUUUCCUACAAAAACUCCCAAGCGCAACAAAACCCUCCACCACCACCUCAACCCAAUACCUACAACCAACCACCACCAGGCUUCCAACAGAAACCACCCAAUGCCCAACAACCUAUGCAACCACAACCUCAGAAAUCAAGCCUAAAGGUGACCUUAGAGAGCUUCAUAACCGCAACAAACAGUGCCAUCCAACAUCAAAAAUAG